AUGAUCGUUGAGCUUCUACCUCCCUGUAUCUGCCUCAUCAGACCUGUACAUUGGCACGCGGUUCCGCGCCCGCUGGCCAUGACUUCGUGCACAAGGAAGCGCCAGCGCUCCGCGGUGGCAACUUUGGAUGCUGCCUUGGCGGCGCCCUCCUCUCUCUCUCCAUGGGCGUCGAUCCUUCCUGGAGAUUUGCUUCGCCUGAUAGCAGGGCUUGUUUUGGAGGGCGAUUUCCUGGAUUACGUUCGCUUCCGCGCCGUCUGCACCGGUUGGCGGUUUGGCACCCUCUGUCCGCGCGGCCGCGGCGUCACCGAUCCGCGCUUCCACCCGCGCCGCUGGAUGAUGUUCACCGAGGGUCACGGCCUCUACCCCGGAUAUGGCAAGCUGGGUGGGUACGUCCGCUUCUUCAACCUCUACACGGGAACCUUCGUCCGUGCCAAGCUACCGUUGUUCAGGAACCACUGCACGCUUGAUAGUGUCGACGGCCUGCUCAUACUCCAAAGGGACGAAGACACCGGCAUCCGUGUCCUUCACCCUUUCACUGGCGACAUUGCCGAGCUCCCACCACUGGCCACCCUCCUAACUCAGUUGGACGGUUAUCUAAACGGAGCACCUGAAUGGGAAAGAUGGUUCUCCAUCAGAAACAAUCUAUGUGCUUCGGUUUCCUGCAAUGCUGGAAUCACCACAGUCAUGCUUACAUUCCACCAUCUGUCUCGUGUAGCCUUUGCUACCUCUCAGGACCGGCACUGGACUAUGACAAGCUGGGAGGUUCCUCGUAGUGUUCGACCCUUGUCAUUCCGUGGCAAGAUAUACGUGGUGCAUAACCAAACUCCAACAGUUGAUGCUACAUCACAUGUUCUCCAGAUAGAUCACCCCCUGCAGAACGAGAUAGGCAUAGGGUGUCGGCAGCCGUCACUACCCCGGACCUAA